AUCUUUCAUUUGUUUAUAUUUACGUGAUAAAACAUAUUGUUAUUGGACUCAGAGAAAUUAUAUUAUUAGUCUCAGUUGAACGUGAAGACGCAUUAGAAGUGAUGGCGAAUGAUCUUAUUAUUUUGGCUUAUUCCGGCGGACUUGAUACCAGCUGUAUUUUGAAAUGGUUGAUUCAGCAGAAUUAUGAUGUGAUUUGUUACAUGGCUGAUGUCGGCCAAGAUGAAGAUUUUCGUAAAGCAAAAGAAAAGGCAUUGGCAAUCGGAGCUAAGGAUAUUAUUGUAGAGGACCUUCGAAAGGAAUUUAUAAGUAACUACAUGUUCCCUGCAAUACAAAUGGGACUAGUGUAUGAAGGUCGAUAUUAUUUUGGAACAUCUCUGGCUCGUCCGUGCAUAACAGUUGGAAUCGUAGCAGCUGCUAAGAAGCUAGGAGCAAAAUAUAUUGCACAUGGAGCAACUGGUAAAGGAAAUGACCAAGUCAGAUUUGAGCUUAGUGUCUACGCUCUGUGGCCCGAAGGAAAGAUUAUAGCUCCCUGGCGGAUUCCCGAAUUCUUCAAUAGAUUUCAAGGACGAUCUGACCUCCUCGAGUAUGCAAAAAAAGAAAACAUCCCAGUCUCAGCAACACCAAAAUCGCCUUGGUCAACUGAUGAAAACAUCAUGCAUAUCAGCUAUGAAUCAGGUGUACUGGAAGAUCCGAGUGCCAUUCCUCCCGCAGGUAUAUACAAGAUGACUCGAGACUUACAACAAGCCGAGGACUAUCCUAGUAUCAUCGAUAUAUCAUUUGAAAAAGGUCUGCCCGUUAUGGUGACAAUCCCAAGUGGUCAAGAAAAGGCUUUAAUUAUUAAAGAUCCUUUGACUAUUGUUGAAACAUUAAACAAGCUGGGUGGACAGCACGGUGUUGGACGCAUAGACAUUGUAGAGAACAGAUUUAUUGGAAUAAAGUCGAGAGGACUUUAUGAAACUCCUGCGGGGACUAUUCUUCAUGUGGCGCACUUCGACUUGGAAGUAUACGCACUGGACAAAGAAGUAUUAAGGAUGAAAAGAUAUCUUCAAGAAAAAAUGGCUGACUUUGUUUACAACGGAUUUUGGUUUUCUCCUGAAGCCUCAUACGCUAGAACGUGUUUAGAACUAUCCCAAGAGCUAGUUACAGGCACCGUCACUCUUCAGGUUUUUAAAGGCAAUGUAACAAUCCUGGCAAGAAAGAGCGCUAGCAGCCUGUACAAUAUAGAUCUAGUGUCUAUGGAUGUCGCUGGAGGAUUUUCACCAGAGGACAGUACCGGUUUUAUUAAUAUUCACGCUAUUAGACUCAAAGAAUAUGCUCGUUUUGUUUCUAACAACAAUUAAACAAUAAAGUAUAUAAUAUGAUAA